AUGCAGAUCAAGGCCCUCAUGACCCCCCUCGCGGCCGCGGCCGUCGUCUCCGCGGUCGCAGACGGUGGGCCCCCUCCUCAGGUUGCCCCCAUCGUCAUCGCGGCCUCGAGCGGGGCCCCGCCUCCUCCUCCUCCCCCUCCUCCUGCCUCGAGCAGCGCGCCCAGCAGCUGGACCGUCGUCGACUGGUUCACGACCGUGUGCCCUACGCCUACUGUGGUCACGUACAAUAAUGUGUUUUACACGGCUACUACGGAUUAUGAGACUAUUACUAUUACCAACUGCCCUUGCACCGUGGCAGCCGGCUGGGGAUCUGGCGCACAGGGAGGUGGUGCUGCAGGUGGUGCCGCGGCGGGUGGUGCAGGCCAGGCUGGAGUCGUCACUGCCGCUGCUGCCACCUAUGUCCAGGCCACCGCGGCCGUGGCUCCACCUGUCGCGUAUGUGACUGGUGCCGCCGACAAGCAGCAGCACGCCAUGGCUGGUGUUUUGGGCAUGGCUGGUCUUGCUGCCAUGGUCUUGUAA